UUUUCUCUUUAGCUUUUGGAAAGCAUAAAGCACUUUGCUUGAUUUUGCUUUUGAUGAAAAACCAAUCAGAAAAGACCUGAAAUUGAUUACAUUCUGGAAUGUUUAUAGAUAUAAACUUGGUUGGUGAGUUGUGUAAGAAUGGUGGUACAUUUUUGAUUCCAUGGAGUUGUUAAUUUUGGUUAGUAUGAUUAUGGGUGCUUUUGCUUUUGGGAGAUACAUUGUGAGGAACUGUACCCUUCUGUUACUCAAUGUUGAUAAUGUUCAGUCAUGUAUCUUGUUAUAUAUUGGUUCAUUUGAGGAUGGAAUCGACUUUCCGCUUUCUGCUGCAUGAGCUCAGUCUUGUUCAAAAUGACUUUCCGGACCCAAAGUUGCACGCGUCGAUAGAUUAUCAUAAACGUGAUCUUGCAACGACACUUGAAACAGCAAAGUGGCAGUUGGAAGAUUUUGAAAGAGCAGUCAGCUUUUCAGCUAUGACAGGCAAGUCCCAGAUACGAGGGGAUGUAAUUUUAAGGCACAAGCAGUUUAUCAGAGCCAUUAGGGAACAGAUAGCUUAUGUGGAGAAGAGCUUGGAGGGCACAUCAAUAGGAGAUCCAAUGAGACAGACAGAAUGGAUCAACUUGAAUGAACAAGAUAGAGAUGGCUUGGCGUUGUUUCUUUCGGGGGCAAAUGCCACAGAGCACUCUGAUUCUUAUGAUGGAGAAGACAGUAGUAUGUUGAGAAGAUUUCUUGAUCCAACGACAUCGUCUAGUGCCAAAGACAGUACUUCUGGGAUUGUUGAGCAGAAAAGCAGAGAAAUUGAGAAUCUGAACAGGAAUGGAGUAGUGCAUGUGGACCAUAGUAUUGACUCUAGGAAGGAGAACAACUUGAGGAAAGUUAGUUCUUAUCCUAAUACAAGGUCAGGUUUUGAAUUUACAGAGACCUCUUGUAACAGAUAUGGUGAAGGUGGUAGUUGGGAUCUGGAGGCUAAUGAAGCCAAACCAGAAAGCUUCUUAUCGAAGAACAAGUUGAGAGUUGUCUGGAGCAGAAUAAAUGCAUAUGGGUUCUUGACCAACAUAUGGACUCUUUAUGGGAGUAGGGUCACUAGGAAUUACACAAAGAGAUUUAAAGAUGGAGAAGAACAAAGUCAUUCCCCAUCAUCUGCUGAUGUUUCUCAUGCUCCCCAGGGUCAUCAGGGGACGUGGUUAGCCAAUGGGUAUAGAAAUUUUGAAGUAUUAUCGGUGCAGGUUCGAACAAAGAUUAUGCACUUGCAGACCUGGCUUGGUGUAAUUAGGGCAAGAUACCAAAGAUCACCUUAUCGCAUCCAAGUCCAGAGGCGUGCUGUUCAGUUGGUUUUGAUAAUAGUAUUUGGACUCAUUGUUUUAGGUACGCUGGUGUCUCUACUUGUUUAAAACAUUCAUUUGUCAGUAGUCUACACUCUAGACCGUCAUGCAAGGGUUUUCUUUCCGAGUUUUAAUCGUGGGAAUGACUUCAGCAUCUGACUGUUAUAACUUGGUUUGAUGCAAAUACCUGCGUCCCUCCUUGGAGAAAGUGUGCACUCAUGGGCAGCAGUUCAUUUUGUAUGAUGUAAAUACCUUUGAUUUGAAUAUUCUUUCAUGAUUUCUCCGCUAUUGUUAUGAAAUGUCUUUGGCACUUGGGUCCAGAGUCCAACGAUGGUUUCCUUAUAGCUGCGUCUUGAUUGUCCUUUUACUGAUAGCAAUAGCACUGCUUGUAUUGAGCCAAAUGUAUCCCUUUUUCCUUUUUGUUCUUUUAAAUUUGAUCUGAUAGCAUUACUA